AUGGAGUACCACCUACAGCUGGAGCUGUGGCGAGGCAAUGUGGCCGGUGCCUUGCAGAUCGCCCGGCAGAGAAAUGAGCUGUCUGACUGGAUAGUUUCCAUGGCACCUCUCGCGUCCCACGACCUCUGGGAAGCUGUGAGCGCCGAAUACGCUGAGCAGCUGGAGGACGAUGGUCAGUAUCACAAGGCGGUCACCUACCUACUGGCUGCCAACAAGAUCCACCAGGCCAUCGACUUGUUCCGGAGACACAAAUUGUUUAAAGAAGCGGUCCUUUUGGCUAGGAUACGUCUGUCGCCAGUAGAUCCCAUCCUGGAAGACUUGUACACUGAGUGGGGACAGAACCUCAUGAGGGACGGACAGUAUGAACUUGCUGCCAAAUGCUAUCUGGCAAUGCGGCACAUACAAGAGGCAGAAAAAGCCCUGGCCAAAAGACACGACCAAUCCUCUUUGAAAACCACUUGUCACAUGACACUGUUGGUCAGCGACAGGCAGCAGAGCCUGGUCUAUGCCUACAAACUGUUCAGCCAAUACCUAAUGAUGGGCCAGUGGCAGGAGGCUUUGAACUUCUCACAGGAAAAUGAGACUUUUAAGAUUCUGCAACCCAUUCUGCUGACACAUGAAUUGCUGAUUCAACAUCUGACUGCACUGUGCCCUUCCACGAACUUCACCCAGAAGCCGGUGAGCCCAGAGAUGUGUUCUAACUGGGGGAAGAAGGAUAUCUGCGGCAGUAAAACCCAACUCCCAGAAUACCUCCUGGACAAGUCAGAAAUGGAUCCAGCAGUGCCAUGGGAGCCAUUUCUAAUUGGGAAGCACACCUUCCCCCAUCAUGUUCUACAAGUCUGGCAUCAGAGGUUGGACAUCACCAUGGUAACCCAGGAGCUGAAAGCCAUGCAUGCAGCAAUUUCCCAGCUGGUGCCGAACCGGCAGUUAAUGGUGGAUCUGCCAGCACUGUUUGUUCAAAUCAGCGUGGAUGUAACCCUCGGCUUCCUGGCCCUGCUGACCUCGGAAACAUCCACAGCUAUCGUCCACCUGGUGCAGGCACUGUCAACCCUUGAUCAGGCCGGCCAUGGGACAGCACUGCAGGCUUUGUGUCGUCUGAUUCUGCCGCAAG